AGUGUCGCUGUUUUCAUUCUCGCGAGAUUACCAGACAGGAAAGUAAGGUCAGGAAUUAAACAUGGCAGCUCGCAGUAUGUUGAGGUCUGUGUGGACCUCAAUUGCGGGCUUGAAAUUAGGUGUCACGGGUACCAACGUGAAGGUUCAACAGAGGAUAAAUGUUUUCCAGCUACCGACUUUAACCAUUCAGAGCAGAGGGAUCCGACAAGUGGUGGAGAAGCAGGAGGGUAAAACGACAACAAUUGAGGGAGAAAUACUGAACAUUGCAGCAGGACCACAGCCUCCAAACCCCACAGCCAAGUGUCCUAUCUACAGAUGGAACCUGCAGCACAAAUACAACUACACUGAUGUCUUGUUGCUCAGUCAGUUCAUCAGGUCAGAUGGAGGCUUGUUGCCCAGGAGAAUCACUGGUCUCUGUCCAGAGGAACAUCGCAAGAUUGCCAUGUGUGUUCAGAUGGCUCACAGAGCAGGUCUGCUCCCUGACCACAAACCCAAACUUCCAGAGGGCCAUGUCCCAAAGAGGCCCAAACCCCAACUCAACAGAUACCUGACUCGCUGGUCCAUUGACUCUGUGAAACCAAUAUAUAAAACCGGACUAAAGUGGUGUAAGAAGCGCAUGGCUGUUGGCCACCCAGUACUCAAGGACAACGUGUGUUACGGUGUCAAGCCCCUUUACACAAAACACUGAAGGACAGAAAGCCUGAUGAAUCAGUGCAGCAGCUUGACAGAAGUGGGUGGGCGCAUUUUUAUCCGAUGAGUUUCAAGUGGAUUACAUUUUGUCAUACUGCCCUGGGAAAAGGCCUAAAAGCUUCAUACGUCUGUAUUUAUUCUACCUUUUUCUUUAUUAAGCUGUGAUAAGGCAUGCUCAGCCCCACCCAGAACCAUCUAUUCUGUCUCUGCUGGUUUUCAAAAAGCCCUUGAAGUGAACUCUCUGACAACUUAAUGUGAGCAACAACUGGGACCACAACACAGAUGCGCAAAUAAAUUGGGUGUGUUUA